CUCACCCCCUCAAUCAGGUUCCCGUUCGACUGCCGGCAGGCUCCGGCAAGUGGCGCCCGAACAGGGACCUGAAAACCUGGGAACACGGUAGAGGACACCGCUCGGGGCCGCGCGGAUAGCUAUCGGGUAAGUGAUAGCCGGAGGGAGCGGUCAGUAUAUCGGGAGUAAGAAAUCAUGGGCCAGGAAAAUAGUAAGGUGCUGUUUGCACAGGUUUUGAAAACUAUGCUCCGUUCUAGGGGCGCCAAGGUUAGUACUGCCCAACUGCGGAACUUUUUGCAGUUUGUGGAGGAAGUGUGCCCCUGGUUUCCUGAGGAGGGCACUGUUAAUCUGGAAACUUGGAAUAAAGUGGGAAGGCGUAUGCAGGGUUUUUUCCAGGCACACGGCCCCCAGAAGGUGCCUGUAGAGGCCUUCUCACUCUGGACCUUGGUCCGAGACUGCCUUGACCCCCGGCAUGAAGGAGUGCGCAUGGGGGCUUCUUCUGAGGCCACGCCGGUAGAGGCUCCAGGAGCCUCGUACGCUGAGGGCGAAGCCUCCGCUCCCCCGAUACAGCUCCUCACUGUUAAACCCGAGAGGCUGAAUCCGAAAGAGGAACAGGACUUAGAUGAAGCUGCCGCGGCCUAUGAGAAGGAAAAAUAUGGGGAGUUUGUGUUUCUCUCGGAAGAAUGCGCAGACAAGCAUAACCCGUUGCCCCCUGAUCCUACAAUGGAGGGCCUGUGGAAGCAAAUGCAGGCGUUGAUGAGCCAAGUUCAGGAUUUGCAUAAAUCAGUGAAGGGAAAGGACGCUGAAGGUUCACAAGGUCAGCCUAGUGCGCAUCCGAAAGGGGCUGACCCCCUGUUAAUAGAUCUAGAAGAGGACCCUCCAGGGUACCCAGGGGAGAAGCCGACUGUUUCCACACUGAGUGCAGGACCCGGGAUUGGGAUGCCAAUAGGAGUUCGUGUCCUCGAUCCUCAGGAGCGAACUAUGAUCGCUCUGGCUCAAAAAGGACCGGGUCAGGCCCGGGACCCUGGGUGGGGGAGGGUACGAACUGACUUUGCGCCAAUGUCUUCUUUUCAAAUGGCGCUUAGCCAGGCCAGACUGAGAGGGGAAGAUCUAGAGGGGUUCGAUUCAGAAUCAGCAAUGUGCUAUCCAGUAUUUGAACAGCCAGCUCAAGGGAACAACUCCCCGCAGAGAGUGUAUGGGCCCAUGGAUUUUAAGAAAUUGAAAGAGCUGAAGAUGGCUUGUGCUCAGUAUGGGCCCACUGCUCCUUAUACAGAAGCUAUUUUGGAGGCUUUAGAUACAGAAUAUACCAUGUGCCCCAAUGAUUGGAAACAAUUAGCGCGCGCUUGCUUGUCGGGAGGAGAUUACUUGCUGUGGAAAUCUGAGUAUACGGAGCAGUGUGAAAAGGUCCAUCGGCUAAAUGUGAGGAAUAACAUUCCCUCCGAUUUGCAAGGCCUGCUUGGAGAGGGGCAAUUUGCAGACACUCCUGCCCAGUUACAGUUUGGGAUGGGGACUUAUGCCCAAAUUUCUGCCGCGGCCAGGAAGGCUUGGAAAAAAUUGCCUAACACAAAAAAUGUAACCAUGGAUUUGACUAAAAUAAGGCAGGGCCCCGAUGAGCUUUAUCAGGACUUUGUCUCCCGGCUCCUUGAUGCCGCAGGGAAACUGAUAGGGGACGGGGAGGCUGGGGUAAUCAUUGUGAGGCAAUUAGCUUUUGAAAAUGCUAAUACUGCAUGUCAAGCAGCCCUACGGCCUUAUCGGCAUAAGGGGUCUCUGAAUGAUUACAUUAGACUUUGUCAGGAUAUAGGGCCCUCUUAUACCACCGGAGUCACUCUUGCAGCCGCCUUGAGAGGUCAGACUAUGCAACAAUUCCUACAGCAGCAGGGGGCUGGGCGAGGCAGGGGGCGACGAGUCCCCGGGCCCCCCGGGAGUUGCUUUUCCUGCGGUCAGCUUGGGCAUUUCACUCGAAAUUGCCCCCAGAAACCCUCCAGUAAUCAGAGGGCUCCCGCGGGCCCGCCCCGUGGAGCAUCUCCGGGGCUUUGUCCGAGAUGCAAAAAGGGAAAUCACUGGGCCCGGGACUGCAAGUCGAAACUUGAUCUGCAGGGACGGCCCCUUAGCCUCCCCCUGCAGUCGGGAAACUGGCAGAGGGGCCAGCCCCAGGCCCCGCAAACAUAUGGGGCUCUGAAGGGGGAGCCCCAGGGGCAAACCCCGGGAAGCAAUCCAUUUGUGACCUCUUCCGAGCCACCCCAGGGAGCGCCGGACUGGACCUCAGUUCCGCCGCCUACACAGUACUGA